UGAUAUAUUAUGUUUUAUUAGACCAUCCGCCUAUUCCAAAAUCGAAACAAUAAAGGAUCUCACGUGAUUCGAUCUAUUUUGUUGACCAAUAUUCAUUCUUCUCAGCUCUGCACUUGAAAUCAUGGGCCAGAUUCUUCAUAAAUUGAAAGGUCGUCCUACUUUUUAUUGAGAGUUACCCGUAGAUAUCUUUGAGUGAUCUGAUAAUGUUGAAAUUACUUUACACUACAACAACAUCAAGAUACCUAAAUGGCUCUGGGAUAUAAUAGCAGUUGUGGUAAGCAAUGGAGAGAGACUCAAAUACAAAAAAUAACAGACAAGGUCUUUGACCGUGUCAAAAUUGAUUCAGGAAGAGCAAAUCUGAAGUUUGAAGACCUUUAUAUUGCUGUACUACUUGUCUUCAAUGAUAUUAAUAAACGUUUGCCGGGUCCUCAUUUUGAUCCUCCUACAAAAGAUGAAGUUAGAGCCCUGAUGCAGGAGUGCGAUAUCAAUGUUGACGGAGAACUAGACCGCGAAGAAUUUGUGAAGUUCAUUAGGAAAUUAACGAAGGAUACUUUUGUUAUCGUGAGUCAGGGACUACUUAUUACCUUGGCAGUAGCACCAACUAUCGCUCUGCUAACGAAGAGGUCAACAGAGGGAGUCCCACAUGUUGGAAAGGUGGUUCAGAAGAUGCCCAAUUCUGUUUACGCUUCCCUUGUGACUCUUGCAGUUGUGCUGUUUCAGCAAGCAGCUGAGACAAAAGAAUAAAAGAUGGCCAAUUCUCUUUUACACAUAAUUUUCUGCAUAUUGUACAUUUAGAAACAGACUUUUUUACAUGGCAGUAGGCUUUGAGCACACCAUUUCCUUAGUAGAUUGUUUGACAGAGCUUCAAUAAUUCUCUAUAUAUUGUCUCCUUUUCCUUGUAGCA